AUGCGUACCAGAGACCGAUCAGGCUCGCUCGUCAAGGUCGAGGAGGUCCAGGACCGCUCAGUGGAGGACGUGCUCGACCGUAGCGCGUACGUGAACAUCAACGCGAACUGGGUCAAUGCAAAGGGCGCCUGGCUCAUCCACAUUGUCCUCAUCAUCACGGGCAAAAUUAUCAUCGACACCAUACCUGGGAUGACCCCGCAGAUAAGCUGGACGCUGGUCAAUCUCAUCUAUCUCGCUCUUACCUAUCUAAUGUUCCAUUGGGUAACGGGCAUACCCUUCGAGAACGAUCUCCACGGAGGUGCAUACGAUGACCUCACGCUCUGGGAGCAAAUAGACGACGGCGCACAAUAUACGCCCGCCAAGAAGUGGUUGUUCUGCGUACCGGUGGCGCUUUUCCUCGCGUCCACACAUUACACAGCCUACAACCCCUGGGUAUUCGCUAUCAACGUCAGCGCCCUCAUCUUCGUCCUCAUCCCUAAGCUGCCGCAGCUACAUCGGCACCGCCUUCGCUUUAUGACGGCCCCCGAUACUGCCUCUGGCUUCUCGACCCCGGUGACGCCCAGCUUCCCGCCCUCCGGGAUGUCGACACCCAUCGGUGAACGCCCAUCGCCGCGCGACAUAACCGAGGCGCACUUCCGGUGA